AUGGAUUUGCUGUAUGCACCUUCAAGUAGCAAUGCGGUUGAGAUCUCUGAGCAACUCCACACCACGCUCCAACACCUCAAAACAGUCGCGGAAUGUGGACGUACCUCAUUCGCUAUUCAGCGCGUCCUCUUCGUCUCUGCCGGGGCGGGCCUGGCAAUAGCCACGAGCUUGAAGCGAUAUACUGAGGAGAUCGGGCUACGAAACCUCCAAUGUGAAGCCUAUGCCUCUGCUAGGUUCCUUAACCUCAUGCGGGCCAAUCCGUGGAUGGUGAAUGACCCGAAUACCCUAGUCACGUUAUCUUCCAAGUCUGGGAAAACGCCAGAAACGGUCGCUGUAGCUGCAUUCCUGAAGGGCAAGGCAUGCAAAACCGUCAUUUUCACGGAAUCCGAGGCCGUUGAACUCGCUACUUUCGGUCAUCCCGGGUUCUUCACCGGGAAAACCACCCAAGCUUUUCACGCGACCUACAUGCUGAUGGCGUCAUUUCUCGGGGGUGUAUUAGAAGCGAGAGAGAACUGGAAGCUUCUGCCUGCUCUUCUUUCGUCUCUAGACGCCCUACCAGAUAGGGGCGUAAACAAAUCGAGUGCGCUGUUUAAUGCCGCUGAAAAGGGCGGCCCGGCUGGAGAAGCGUUUGCCGCAGGAUUCGCGGAGGACGAUCCGCUCUAUUUCAUCGCGUCCGGGCCCGCAGGGAUCGUUUCCCACGCGUUCGGGCUGUGCGUGUUGCAAGAAAGAUUUGGGUUGGAUAUCCAUAUAGUUGACAGCGCCAACUUCUUCCACAGCUUUGUGGAGACACUCCGCCCAGGCACUAGGGGUCACUACAUUCUCAUCAUCCCAGACCCGGAGGAUGCUAGCCGAGGGGAAAUGUUGGACGUGAAGACCUUCUUCGACGCGCAAUUAUUCAAAGUGCAGGUCAUCGACGCAAAGGGGUUGGAUAUGUCGGGUAUUGAUUCCCAGAUUAGAAGGAUGGUGGGACCAAUAAUCAGCGAAGCCUUUUUGAAACCCUGGACACCCGCCCUGGCGAAGGCCACCGGUAGAACAAUGCAUGACCCGCUGCUACACAUGACGAAGUUUGAUUACUACAAUUGUCAUCACAAGCUUCUUAAGUCGGCAGAUCACCUCCCGCUCCAGCACAAGACCAGAAUUUAG